AUGGUUGUAGCUACAAAUUCACCAGCCACACAUUCUAUCGCAGAACUCAUUACUGAUUUCUACAAGACUACGGGUAAUGUCCCUCCACCACUGAUUGGAGCCACGUCAACCCUGGUUCAUCAGCACGUUUAUGUAUUUGGCGGUCGAUUGCAAUCCACUCGACAGAUAUCCAACCGAGUCUAUAUUCUAUCGCUCAAGACAAAAGUUUGGAAGACUGUGCAACCACAAAACACACCACCUACUCCUCGCUAUUUUCAUUCUGCAGAUUACCAUGAACAAAAGAAUCAAAUUCUCAUCUAUGGUGGUAUGGGCGUCAAGAAGACCUCAAGGGCAGCAGUAGCAGCGGGAGGAGGGGCAGAAGAGUUAGUAGCAUUGGACGAUUUAGUGUUUUUGAACAUUCAAACCAUGCGUUGGGAAUAUAACGCUUCUCCUAACACAGUGUCUAUACCGAGCCCUCGGUAUGCACAUGUGUCUUCCCUGAUCAGGAACAAACUCAUCGUUAUUGGCGGACAAGAUGUCAAUAACCAGUACUUGCAAGACAUCCACAUCUUUGACAUCAAGAAGAGAUCAUGGUGUGCUCCACUCUCAUCGAGGCAACAUCAGUAUGGCGCUUAUCGUUCAGCUGCAGUCGCUGUAACACCAAUUGAGCUCACUCCGCCUUUUGCGCCAACCUUAGAUUUGCUCUCAGACGCCUUUGAAGAAACACAAUCAGCAGCAGAAGAAGUAGCAGAUAUCAGCAUACAUGUGUAUUCCAACUUUAGUGGAUCCGAAGCGACCAGAUAUUUGCAUACGUGGAAAAUAAAUAACCAAUUAGAGUGUGUAGAAAUGCAAGAUCAAUCCGAAAGCAUCAGUGUCGGCACCGUCUCACCACCCGCAUUGAGAUUUCCAACUGCAUUCAUGUGCGGCCAACAGUUUAUAUUAGCUGGUCCUCAUUUCACACCGACCAGCCAGCAGUUUCAAAUAUGGGCGCUUGACACUAAUACGUUUGUAUGGACAAAGAUUGAAGCGGGCCAUGCAUUGUCGCGAGGAUCAUGGUUGAAGGGCAUGUUGUGUCAAGAUAGCAAUCGAUUCAUCGUGUUUGGACAUCCAGAGAGAUCAAUGCAGAUGGACUACAAAGACCGCGUCAAUUGCUUCGAGCAUAUGGCCUGCGUAGAUAUAGAGAUCUUUGGCAUUUAUCGACCUCCUCGAUCCACUUACAGCGGCUUUGGUCAAGGCCUUGGUUUAACACUGCUGAAGGAUCCCGUAUUGGCUGAUCUCAAUAUUGUCACUAUUGACCAACAACACAUUGCCGUCAAUUCUGCCGUGCUCGCUCAACGAUGGCCCAUCCUUCGCCCUCUACUCUCCUCUGUGCUUAUGCCUCAAGCUGACAGUUCUUCACUCGUACUGGAUUUCGAAAAACGAGAAUUAUAUUUCCCAGAUACCUAUGUGGUGCUGAUUGCUUUUUUACAGUUCAUUUACACAGAUCAUCUUGUUACUGCACAGCAACAUCAGCCUCAUAUCCUUGCCAGGUUGCUGUUUAUUGCAGAUCUAUUUGAAUUACCUCGCCUCAAGGCUCUCGCCACACAUGCCCUACAUCAGAUGCUGAAUAUCCAAACCGCCACCAUGAUUUAUGAAUCAGCCUCUCUCUCCAACGCUGUUUCAUUGCAAAUCCGAGCCCUCAGAGUCAUGAUCAAUGCAAAGAAGAUGAUGCAAAGACAGAAAAUGCUGGAAAUGAACAAUCGCCAACAGCAACAACAGUUACCAAAGAAGCAGCCAGAGAUACCACAGACUGAAAGACCCUUCUCACCGCCGCCUACACCUGCUUCUAGCAACUCUAUCUUUUCAUUGCCUCAACAACAGCAACAGCAAUCAGCCAAUUCGUCUCGAUUCUUGCAGAAAUACGAUCUUAAUCGCCAACAACGACAGCAGCAAUCAUUACCUAGUACGCCCAUGAGCGCCAUGUCAUCAUUCAGCAGUUCCUCUCAAACAUCAUCCCAUCAUCAUAGAUCACCUUCACAGCGAUCCCUCUCCACAGAAUCUCAUUCCGCACCCGCCAUACCAACCACCUCUACUUUCAGCAGCACGAUUAUACCUACGACCAACAAACAAGCCAUCAAACUACCUAAUUUCCGUAUGCGACAAGCAUCUUCUACAUCGCAAUCCAGUGAUGGAGAAUACUCGCCAUUGUCUUCAGCGGCAUCUUCACCUAAAAUAACACCCAGUUCGUCAUUUACAGUCAAUCACAAAUCGUCCAGCACUUCCAGAUCAGCCACCUCGUUUUGGAGACAGACUACCUCAUCUUCUGGAACGACUUCAUUAAAGAAAAAAUCAACAACACCUUCUAAAUCUGAAAGUACAACUAGAAUGCCUGCAUUUAAUUUUAUUAAAUAA